UUAUAGAUCCCAAGUCAAAACGAAAGAGAAAAUAUGCUAAUGAUCCCAGCGCCCAUGUGUUGAGGCAUUUGCAGGCAGAAGCUGAGAAACAUGGUGCGAUGCAGUACCAAAAUUUUGGACCUUACAGUUUAAAUCCCAUAAAAGCUGAACCAGCCGAACGUGGACCUUCACCUUACCAAGUGGCAACUGGAAGUGGCAUUCCACCUGGUGGUUUUUCACCACAUUAUCGCGUGGAACAAGGAAGCCCUUCGCCACAGCCUUCUGUGUCAUUGCAGCCAUACGGUGGGAUAUGCGGACAACCAUCACCUGGUCGUACUCCUUCGCCGAUACAAUACACGGCACCACUGGGGGUCACUCAGUAUAACAUUUUACCUACACAUCUUCAGCACCAGCAACAACAGCAACAGCAACAGCAACAGCAACUGCAGCAGCAAUACAGUAUACCACCUCAAUUCCAGCAUACUCAACAACAUCAAUUUGCAAUGCAACCACAAAUGAUGCUGAAUAGAGUGAAUCAAGAACAGGCUGAAUCUGCUUUUCUCCCACUUGACAAUCCUGGAAUCCAAAUGCCCAUGGAAGGAUCAGCAGGAGUAAGCAGUAUGCUGAACCUGGAUAACCAGCAAUGCAACUUUGAGCUGGGCUCCUUGAACCAGCUGGACUCUGCGGAUCUCGCUAUGUUUGACGAUAACUUGUCUCAAAAUUUAUCGAGCAAUCUCUCCCUCUCUGACAUCAGGAUCUCUCAGGUGGAAGCGAGCCGGACAACGAUAACAGAACCGGUCAACAUGGGCGGUGGAAAUGGUAAUAAUAUGACAGACAGCUUCACAAGGCUAACAACAAACACCAUCCAGGAUAUCUGCUCGCUAAAUAACAUGUACAAUCCUACAAGAGAUAAUACCGGUUAGUCCAAUAACUUGAGAGGACGUUGGCCGGGCAAUUGUGCAACGUUAAAGGAACUUGAAACCCCUGCGGUGCUUUUUGUCUGCUUUUGCAGCAACUUUGUUACAUAAUGUGCACUCCCAAAGCUCGUAAUCGUACUCGUCAACCGCGACCUGCAAGAGGAUUUCAAUCGGAAUUAGCGUAAUUAUUUCUUUUAGAUUCAUUAUGUAAAUUAGGAAAACACAACCAUGGGCCACAACUAACCACUUAGGAAUAGCUGUAGACUCAAUGAUUUUCAAAUAUUUUUAUUCAUGUUGGAGAUUUAUGACUGACCUUUAUCACCGAAUACAAGCAGCACCGGUGAUAAAGUGACAAUAACGCAAAAUUAUAGUAGCUGUAUUACUACCACGGUAGUAGGUGCGUGCAGAAUCUUACCAAUAUUUUCGAAAUUGUCAUUAUAAGCGGUAGUGAACUGGAAAACGAACAAUAGCUUGUGCUCGCGAACAAUCCUCUUUGUUUUCGUCCCUAAUGAGAACCUAACAAACGUAGUGCGAUGAGGGGGACUUAGUUGAUGUACAUUUCAAUUGCAUUAUAACAGGGUGAGUGUUGAAUAGAGAGUUGAUACCAUAUAAUGUAAAUAGAUCGAAGACAAUUGUGGCUCGUAGAGUUAUAACUUUUGGUUGGUAUAUUAAAAGAAUGUACGAUUCUUAGAUUAGCCAUGUUAUAUCUUUUCGGAGUAUAGAAAUAAUGUAUGCAUUUUUGUGAUAUUUAUAUAUUAAUAUUUUAUAAUUGCGAAAUGAACAAAACCUACCGGCAAAGCUGCACAGACUUGGUUACUCCAAUUUCUACGUUUGGACCUUUAAAUCGACGUAAAAAUGUUAAAACAAUUAAAUACCAUUUUUGUAAAAUUAUUAUACAUGACAGUGCAUGCGAUGUGGCAUAUCAGAUUUAAUUUUUGUACACAUGGUGUAUUGUCGAGCAAUGUACGCAAUCCCGUCGUUGUGUAGGUGUGUGUCCGCGUAUGAAUGUAGAUCCCAUGAAGGGCGAGAGCGAGAUAACCAGGGAGAAAAUGAAAUUAUGUAUAGUAUAUACGUCUUUCUUUAGUAUUGUUACUAUUAAUAAUAUUGAUAUUAUUACUACUCUAGAUAUACCAUACUCUUAUAACUUUAUACGAUCUUUAUGAAGAACAUAUACUUAUAAAAAAGAAAUCAUGAUGUCUUCCUAACGACAUGCCCAUAUCUACAUAUAUAUUUCUGUCAUGGGUAUUCCUGUAUCUCGAUACGAUAAUCCUGCUGAUUAUAAUACGAAACAUGACUAUUUCGCUAGUAGCAAUAAUUCGAAAAAUGGAGAAAAAAUACACAAAAAAAGUAAAUCAUGCAAACAAAAUCAACAAACAAAUUCUUGGUUCUUGAAUCCGUAUCGACUCUACGAGCCGUGUUAUUGAUACCCUAAACCAAUGUAUACAUACACAUACAUACGUGAAGCGUAAUCAAUAGACCCUUUCGGCCCGCUGUUCUAAACUAUAUCUGUUGUUGGAACCAUCACGUAUUAAAGUAAAUGUCGGCCACGGAUUUGCAAAUGAUUUCAAGAAUCGUAAAUUAAUAAAUAUCGGCGUUAUAGGUAUGCUGAAAUCCUCAGUAAAUUACCUGCACCAGCGUGAAAUCAUCUUUAAUUUUUUUUAGACAGAUGCGAAACAUUACGCAAUUUUCAUUUGCUUUCCACGUAGAAACUGGAUGUUCAUAAUUUCUCUUGGAUGCGACAAUUCGUACGAUCUACAUGUUGAACCAUCCCCAUAUCUCAAAACUACAAGGUAUCAGCUAUUCUGAAAAAUUGUUCAAGAACAAAUAUUCGAAAUUUUCAUCGAAAAUUUCCCAUUGAAAUAAUCUUUCGCAAUGAGUGGAAAAAUUUCAGAGUAUCGGGAAAGAGCAGGUUGAGAUGUAAAAUUAAUAAAAAAUUCAAAAAAUAGUUACAAACGGAACAGUUAUACGGAAAAAAAAUAUUUCUGGAUUCAGGAACAUCUUUAUUAAAUAAAUAAUUCAAUUACCUAAAUGAAAAAUGCUCGUGUAGUUUUUGAAAAAUGUAUUUCCUUAAAAAUACAAUGAAAGUGAUGAAAAUUAUUUUCAAAUCUGAUGGAAUGGGCAGAAAUAUAAUCUGUAGUGUUUGUUGUUGAAAUGAUGCAAUAAUAUGUUAUCCUGUACAAGAAGAUUGCCUGGACAAGACGUACGAACACACAAACCAAAUUCUUAGCCUAGGGCCUCAUUGACAUUACGUUAGAUUGUAAGAUGUACGAAACCAUAAUCUUUGAUCGGCGGGCUGCAAUGGCAUCCAGCUCUACCUUCCCACGAGUACAUAUGUAUGUAUUUCAUACGUACAUACAUACGUACUUGUUCUAGCUGGCUUUAUUACAAACUCUCGACUCCUCUCACCUCUCCGCACUUCACCUCAUUUUCUCUAGUUUCAUUUCAUUUCACCUCCACUCUCACCGCACCUGACCAAUCGUCGCUGGUAUUCACGUCCGAGGGUCUUCUACAGCUGCGGUACUCGCAAAAUAAAAUAUCGUCUCUCAAAAAUUAUUCACAUUUCUAAGGACAGCUAAUCGGGGCAUGCCAUUUUUUUAAAUUAAACCCCUAUGCUUUUACAUUAUAGUAUUUUCAACGCAAUUUUCUCGCUCGCACAAGUGAUUCUUUCAAGGUACAAAGUUUGUAUACUUGUAUCAUAGCUGUAGCUAUGAAUUCUCAUGUUCGUAUGAAUGAUACUUACUUGGGUGCUAUUUUUUUUUCGUUUCAAGUCAAAAGAGUUAUUUGAAAAAAUUAACAUAAGAUUUGUAGCCCCUUCCGGAUGGUCGGCCCAGUGAAUCACGCUGUGUGAACGUCCAAAACAACGUACAUAUUUCAUAACUCGUUACAGAAUCAAGAGGUAGUAUGAACUAUAUGAAUAAUAUAGCUGGAGUAGACCUACACCAAACGGGUAACUAGGGUAUGCGGGAGGGUAGUAGAAACGCACGAUUAGCACAGUUGAACCUCGUUGGUUGUAAGAACGGCUAUUCGUGCAUACAUACAAGGGGGGGAAAGUGUUUUUUUCUUUCUCACUACUGCGAGAGGAUCGUAAUUUGUGAUAAUUGUCAUUUUGUCCAUAACUGGAUAUCGAAGUUAGAUCCUAAUAAGACGAGAACGAACCCAUUGGCAUUUAUAUCAUCUCCAAUCUAACUGCGAUUUAUUUAACUACUUCCUCGAAAAUAUUUGUACAUUACAACGUGGGACAUUGUCUCGCAUUCAAAUUAUCAUUAUUUCUUUAUCAUUAUCAUUAUUAUUAAUAUUAAUAUUAUUAUGCAGCUAUGGUACAAUGGUAUCGUAACCGCAAUGUCUCAUCACCCCUCUUGCCUACCAGUCUCCCAGAAUAAGUUACGACAUUGUAAGAUAGUACAUCUAGUUAACUCGUCAAUCAUAAAAUCAUAAUUUUCAUAUAAUCGUAUCAUUCUAAUCUGGAUCCGCAGUUAUCUUGAUAAUCGUUCAAUUGUCUUGAUUUAAUUGUCAAUCGACUACAAUUGAAAUCUGUGGGAAUCGUUAUCGAAACUGUGUAUAUACCUAUACCUAGACCUGUAACAACAAUCGCCAAUUCGAAUGUUCUUUUGGAAAUGAAUUUUUUGUUAGGGGCUGCAGCAGCGUGUAAAAACGGAUGGAACGCGCGGUCGACGAAAUUGGACCCCCUUUCGAUCGCUGCCCGGCGAAUCGAAACUCAAACUUGAUAUUACAGUAAUCGCAAGUAAUCAUUCAUCAGUCAAAAUUCAUUGAUGUUGGGUACACCGGUAUCGCGACAGUGCGAUAACUCCAUAUUUAACAAAACCGCGCGUCGUUUCAAGAUCCCUUCAUCUCCAUAUACCGCACCCUCUGUCUGUACCAGUGCUAUAUAUACAAGAGUUGGCGAUAUAUUAAAAUACAAUGUCUACAACGACGGUUAGGAUAGGACAAAUUAAAACUGUUUUCCAACUUACGUUACGAGUGAAAUACGUCUAACAAUGUGAAAUGUAAACGAGCUCUGCUGUAGAUCGAGUAUUUCCAAAAUUACACCCACCGCAUAACAUCCGGUUGUAUCGCCAAAAUUCGGGUUAUCAUUCUUCUUACCAUCUUUAUCGUUAUUAUUAUUAUUAUCAUUAUUAUUAUUAUCAUCAUCAUGAUUAUUGUUAUUAUUAUUAUCAUCAUCAUUAUUAUCAUUAUCAUUAUAACUAUUCUACAGUGCGAGCUUGUAAUGAGGAGGUCGAAACUGACACGUGUUUGUAAAAAAAUGAAGAUGCUCGGAAGAUAUGGAGUAGAAAAAGAUGAUUGGUUAAUAUGAGUUUGCUCUCUACUCGGCUGAGCCAUAACGGUGAAAUACACGAUUUACAUUUGAUUGAUUGUAAUCAAUAUGUUAGUAUAAUAUGAUCGGUCGUUGAAGUGGGUACAAUAAUAAUACUCUGUCCAUAGAAGAGCUCGCUUCCACAUGUGACAAUGUCUCUUGACGUUACGCGCUAUUAUACGUUACGUAAUAUAUUCAUUAAUAAUAAAAUGUUCCUUAGUCCAUAACUUUAUACAUGCUAUGUAUAGUAAUUAUAAUGCAACGUUAAAGACACACAAUAUACUCAUCCACACUGCUCGGCGCUUGUAUAAUUCUAUAUUUUCAUCAUGUCUCUAUUUGCGGUUGAAAAAGUGUGAAAUUCAAUAAACAAUUGUAUUUAUUUUUACAUGUUAAGGCACAUACUCCGCAUUUGCUGCAAAGGAUGGCAAUUAUAUUAUGAGUAACCCAUGAGUUUUUAUGGAAUUUAUUUAUUUUUUUUUUCGUUUUGGUUUGGUUUUCUCGAAAGAAUUUCUUUUCGAUUAAAAAAAACUAAAAUCUAAAUAAUUAGAUCGCAUGUGCGACGGCAGAUGCAUAACGGAGUCUUCUUCCGGGUUCGUUUACAUAGAGGUUUAAUUAUUAAGAAUUUCAAGUAAGAUAAAUUUAUUUAAAAUAUCUGCGAAUUUCACACCCCCGCUUAUAACUGCCUAUUACACGUCCGUCUGAAAUAAAACUAGUCACACGUGCUAGGUGAGAGACAUUCGUCGAACUACGAACUCAAAUUUGAUUUGAAAUGUAAAAAAAAUCAUCACCCCACAAAUGUCCAUUUUACACUAUUUAAAUACAAUAGAGUUUUUUCUUUCUGUAUAUCUUAAAUAAGCUUGUUUUUCUUUUUCGUAUUUAUUACAAUCAUUAUCAUUAUUAUUAUUUGUUUUUCUUUCUUUCUUCGUUAAAAAAGUGUCCCGUGCAAAACAGCCAGUUAUCGGACAAAUACAAUUAUUAGGUUGUUCAAACAAACGCGCGCCAUUCAAUGUUCAUCCCUUUCUCCACAUUACUCCGAUUCGCAAACCUGUUAUAAUUUCUUCAUUUUAUUUGGCUAGUAUUCUUAUAAUUCCCGUGCAAUAGGUUUUUUGUUUGUUGUUGUCGUUGCAUUUAAAAAUUCAUCUACCAAAAGUCAUUCCGAUUGACAAUUCGAUUUCGUCUGCUUCCCAACGCGGAAGAUAUUCAUUUAUUUAUUUGUUUUUUUUAUUUUCAGAUUCCCUUUUCUAUCCUGCUGAACAAUCUAAUAGCAUUUGAUGUUGGCUAGCUGGGGGGAGGGGGGAGAGCCAGGAUUGCGGUGGACCGAGACAUUGGGGGUUGCAGCGCCCGAGUAUCAGCCCGCCGCAACUCUGGCGAGGUGGCAGCAUUUUU